CAAAUCUCUCCAUCCGUCUCUCUCUGUCUCUCGCUUACUGCUUUACAACGGUAACCUGUCGAGAGGUCGAAAAUAAACAUCGACAGUUUUGGUGGUAGAACAAAAACGAUUCUCGAUUAUAAUUUUCCGUUCGCAAAGUUACACCAGUUGACGACUGGUGGGGAGAGAAACGAAAGUUGAGUGCAUCGUGUCCCGCGGUGCAUCGAAAUCAAACAUGUACAAAGGUGCAAAAGUGAAGUGCAGUGUUGAAUGUUAGAAGGAAUUAGAAAGAGGAUUUAAAAAAACGGAAAUAGUGCUAUUACUAGAAGAAGGUACCAAGUACCCUUAAACCAAGCAACCACAGUGAGCCUUCAACUCCCCUUAAGCUUUCGUUAAUCAAUUCGCCGGUUUGUUCGGCUGCAGUUAAACAACUUUUCAAACAGACAACAACAACAAAAUACUGCAUCUCUGCCACAGUUUGGAGUUCCACCGAACCACAGAAGCAAGAAGCGGGCAGUUCGCACAGCGCAGUGACCACCACCGAAAACGGGUUGUGCUAAGACAAGAAGGAGACAGAAUUACGGUGUGCAAGUCCAUUAGCCAGAACCGGCCAGAAGACUCGAACGACUGGUGUUACGAGGAGUUUGCAAACGCUGCACUCGCCGCUAGCUAGCACUUUAUCAACAUGGCAUACAACGCGCCCGGGGCCGGUGGUAGUGGGGCGGGUGCGGUUGCGGCCGCGGUGGCAGGGAACGGCACGGAGGACAACGAGCCGACCGGCGCAAGCAAAAAGAAGAACCUGAUCAUCCUGGUCGACAAAGAUUCGAACGAUAAGCUGAACGAGCUGUUCGACAAGACGCUCAGCAACAAGCUUCCGCUGCAGAUCCCGUACCGCAUGCGGAAGCUGCCGGAGUCGUUCUUCAUGCCGCCGUCGUCCGGCUCCAAGUCGCCGUCGGUGUCACAUUCGCGCGAAAACUCGGCCGACUCGGCGUUCGGCUCCGGCACGACAAUCCUUGGCGGCGUCACGGGCGUCACGACCGGUCCGAACGGGCUGCCGAUUCAUCACAGCCGCGCGCACAGCAGCCCGGCCUCACUCGGCAAGAUCCCGGUGGGCAUGGGCGGUCUCGGGGGUGGUGUGGUGGCAGCGGCCGUGGCGGCUGCAGCAGCGGCCGCGGCGGCCAGCGGGAACGGUGGUAAUGGCGGUGCCGGCGGUGGCGGCGGCGGAGGUGGCAGCGGCGGUGGUGCUGGCGUCGUCAAUGGGCAGAAGGCGGCGGCCGUGGCAGCGGCACAGAAUGGCCAGCAGAACGACGCUAGCAGUCUUGGGGCAGCUGUUCUGCAGCAGGCCGCCCUGUCCAAGGCGGCCAUACAGCAUUUGCACAGCCGCGGUCGGUCGUACGAUGUGUCAAACUUGCACGCCAACUUCGGCGAACUGCCGCCCGGCUGGGAGCAGGCCAAGACUCAGGAUGGUCGAAUCUACUACAUCAAUCACAACACAAGGACGACCACGUGGGAGGAUCCGCGCAUAACCGCCAUGCAGGAAAGCCUAUUCCAGCAGCAGUCCAGCGUAGAGACCCUCUUCAAUACCGGCUCACAGACCCUGCUCAGCCCCACGAUCUCCUCACCGACGCCGACCAACAAUGUGGUAUUUCCAGAUGCGAUUCAAAUGACAAAUGACACUCUCGCGCCGCCGAACGCCGCCGCACCGGCAUCGUCGAUGCUGCCCGCCGGCAGCAGUGUCGAUCUGGGCCCACUGCCGGAAGGAUGGGAAGAAGGCAUCACAGAGAAGGGCGAACGGUACUAUAUCAAUCACGCGACUCGGUCGACCACCUGGAGGGAUCCACGAUUGUCAAACCAAGAUUGGGCAGUGCAGGAGCAAACUGUCCGCCUGUACAACCUACAGCUUGAGAGGGAACGACUUCGAAAACGGCAGCAAGAGAUCAAAUCACAUAUGGGAGACGACCCGUUCCUGUCCGGUAUUGCCGAUCACACCCGCCAGGAGUCCGGUGACAGUGGCCUGAGCGAGUCCUCCAUGACGCAAUCUAUGCCUCACACACCCGACUUCCUCUCCAGUAUAGACGAUAGCAUGGAUGGUUUGAGUAUGACGGACAACACAAUGGACACCAUAGCGUUUGGAGAUAACCUGGAUACGACCGAAGGAUUUAUGCUGGACGAUCCGAUGCUGCUGGAAAAGAUCGACGCCGUCACCAGUUUGAAUCUGAUAGAUCCUACGAACAGUAAAACGGACAACACACUUUACGACAUCAUCUAACGUUCGACGGUGCACAGUAGUAGUCCACUACAGCACUACCUACCAACACCACCUCCACAAUAACCAUCAUCAUAAUCACCAUCCGGAACUUAUGCCACCAACAAACAAAACGGAGAAAACCCAUCCCAAAAUCAUCAUCGACCAUUUCGGCGCGUCUCUGGAGCAGCAUCGUACUACUUAUUGGGCUGAAUGAGUCACACCUGUACAACCCCCCGCUUAGACAAAACUGGGGUCAGGUGGCUUUACGCAAAAGUGCCACCGCUUGCCACCAUCACCGUUGCCGCAAUUAUCAUGUUUCCACCCUUCAAACGCAGUCUGCGGGCGGACGGGGUGGGAGAAUCGGUUCGAUAUCAGUGGCAGUGAUGGUGGGAAGCGAACCGAUCAACCGAUCGAAGAGAAGCCCCGAUCUGUUCUUUUCACUCUAGGAUCUAUUUUUAUUAGGGGUAUUUUUACCUUCUGUUUUGCUAUUAUUAUAUUAAUUAUUAUUAUUAUUGAUACUGCUAUCCAUAGUCUUACGGUUAGUUAUUAUUGUAAUUUUUAUUUUUAUUUUUUUUAUUAUUUCCAACGUUUUGUUCAAUUGGAAGCAAACACCGACGAAAGCAGUGUUGUAUUAGACUCAACAUUAUGAAACACAGCAGUGAAUGAAAACGGUUCAAGCAAGAAUACACAAAGUGAGAUAAAUCUUGAUAAGCCUAGAUAGACGAGAGGAAAAUAUCAGUUCAAGAAGCAAUUCAAGUGCCUUAAUGAAGUUGUGAAGAAGUUGAAUCGUGAUCAGACGAUAAAGUGUGCGGUGAUGUAUGAUUGAUUUAAUAAUCGUGAAUUGAUUCGGCGUAUACAAUGGCAAAAAUGUAUGCGUCUGCGGUUAUCGCGUUAGAAUGCAUUUUACAACGCCGUACCGGUGUUCUAUGCCAGAACGUAGAUUUUCCGCUGAUGGCGAGUGCAAAAACAACGUUGUGCAGCUUUGUAAAAGAUAGCUAUAAAGAGACAAGGAUAUCGAUAGAAAGAAAGCGCGACAGUGAGAGAGAAAGAGAUUAUAAGGGAAAAAUUAUCUGAAGAAGGAUACAAAUUGUAUGAACGUAGUUCUAGUGCAGAGUAUUCGAGUGAGUGAAUGAGAACAGUUAUGACUGAAAGCGUGUGGGAAAAAGCAUGUACGGUGAAGCAUAAGGACACUUACAUGUUAGUAGACAGUCGUGAAGCCAAUUUCCUAGAUUAAAGGACGUGGCGAAAACUCUGUGUAUCGGUAGAAAACCCCUCAUCAGAAUCGAAAGCAUAACAGAGCGAUGCGUCUAGCUUAAUGAAAAUUCAUGACGACCGACGACCGUUUACAGGGUUCUGGGGAAACUGGGCUUAGCAGUGGCAUGGUGCAUUUAUUCUGCAUCGGGAGCAGCAAAACAAUAUUCACUAGAUCCGAU